AUGUUCGUUACUGUAGUAUUGAUAGAAAAGUUGGGUGACAUUAAAUUAAAGAAAAGCGCAGGAGACGCAUUAACGGCUUUUUCCGAAAAAAUAUCCUUACAAUUUGUAAUUUCUCAAGCAUAUGACCCAUUACGUAAAGCAAAAACACCUAAGACAUUAGCUGAUAGUUUAACAUGGAUGCAUGGUGCUAUUAUGGAGUUUGGAAUAACAGCUCUUCAAGUGCGCGAGCUGAUUGAAUUUCUCAAAUUCGCAUUAAGCAGUCAUAAUGCGGCUGUUCGCACAAAUGCUGUCAUCGUUUUGGGAGCUUUGCGCGUUUUUGUGGGACCAGCCGCAAUUGACAGUGAAUUUGAGAAAGUAGCUGACGAAGCACCACCGAAAGCAUUAAAAACAAGCGUCGAUGUUAUAAGCAAGGGUGGUAGUGGGAAAGAUUCUAUAGAAGAAUUGUUUCCUAAAGUUGAUGUUAGCGCACAAUUUACUAGUAAAAUGAUGACUGAAUGCAACGAUGAUAAAUGGAAAGUUCGAAAGGAUGCACUCAAUCAAGUUCUUGCUAUUGUUGAUGCUAACAAGAAAAUUAAACCGAACUUAGAUGACUUCAUUCCUAUUCUAAAAGAGAGGCUAUCAGAUAGUAAUAAAAACUUGCAAAUGAUGGCUUUGGAUAUAACUGCCAAGCUUGCUACUGCGAUGGGAAAGUCAUUUGACAGACAUAUUAUAAUAUUAGUGGCGCCAAUCAUUGCUGUUCUUACAGAUAAAAAAGCAACAGUCCGUGGUAGUGCUAUUGGAACUUUGGAUGCUUUAGCGAAUGCUUGUGGGCUCGAUCCUUUAAUUGGUUCAUUUUCAACAAGUCUUGCAACAGAUAAUCCUUUAUUAAGAAAAGAUCUAUUGAGUUGGCUCUCUGAACUAGUGGAUGGUGGUCAACAAUUAUCAAAAGCGCUUAAUGUCUCAAUGGUUAAGGUACUUGAAAAUAGUAAUCGUAACAGAACGUAUAGUGCUCUAAUUUCAAUACUAGAAAAAUCAUCAUAUAAUUUGCGUGAGGUUGAUGCGGCCACUGCUACCACACAAACAAAGCUUACUGAACUAAUUAUGAAAUGUUUAUGGAAACUAGCAAAGACACUUCAAGAUAAUUUGAAGGCUGGUAUCCUUUCACCGAAUCAAUUAUUACGUGAUAUCAAUAGUUUCUUUUUAGCAACGCCACCAGCUGAAUGGAAAAGACGAGCAGCAGAAAAGGUGCCACUAGGCGAAAUUCCUUUACGUACAAUUAAAACAUUGUUACUUGAAUUGGUAACAGGUCUUGGUGAUAAUGUAUACGAACAUUUAGACCUUAUUGAAGAUCCUCAAAGUAGUUAUGUUUAUCCUUAUUUACAUCAUAUGAUCGAGGCUACUAAGAAGGAUAAGCUAGCUAGCAAUUCAACAAUCGCUUACAAUGAUAUAUCAGGUUGUUCAUCUUCAAUGUCAUCAGGCCGAUCUUUUGGUUCAUUUAGUUCACCCGGUUCCGACUCGACAUAUGCCUCUACAGAUACUGCAAGAACUUCACUUUUGAAUGAAGCUUCGAUUAGGAAUAAUCCAUUGGCAAGAAAUUCUCCAUCAGCUAGAAGUUGUCUACCAACUAGAAGUUCUCCUGUACCCGAAGUUCCUGGUCAUAUUGAAACAAUGUCAAAUGCUUCAGAUCCAGUAAGCCCAGCGUCAUCACACACUCCAAUGACUCCGAAAUUCACUACAUCAAUUGGUAGUGCAUGUUCAUUAGAUUCAGAUGAAGAAAUGAAUACACAGCUAACUCAAAUUUUCUUUAAAAUUGGAACGAGAGAAGAUACAAAAAAGGGUAUAUAUGAAUUAUAUGAAUUUCAAAAACAACACCCUGAUAUGAAAGGCAAGAUAGCAACACAUUUAUCUAGGACAGGCCCAUAUUUCCAAAGUUAUAUUCGCCGUGGACUUGCCAACAUUGCUAUAGAAGAAGAGGAUAAGGAUAAAGAAAGAGCUAAUCUAUUUCCUCAAAAUUCAAACAAUUAUGAUAAUACGGAGGAUAAUAUAG